AUGGAGACUACAGAGCGCGACUUGAGGCAGCUGUCUGAGACCUUGGACUUCGUGGAAGACCUCCUGGCGCCCGGAGCGGCCGCGGAGGACCUCUCUGAGGUCCUGGGCGGCACGCUGCAGGAAUGCCAGGACUCCGGUAGGUUGAUUCUCUCCAUGGUCGAGUGGCGCUGCCUGUUACAAGGAGGCCUUUCUCUUGGGGUUGCUGAGCGGUGCUUCGGCGAUCCUCAGGGCUAUUGGGCUUUUUCUGGGCUAUAUCAGUCUUGGAGGCAGGGGCGUGUCAAGCACUGGAAGUCAGUAGAGGAGGCGACGCCUCCGGAGCAGGAUGGCCUCGCUCAGGUUGCCGCUAGACUCGUGCUCGUCCACUACGUGGAUGAUCCUGAUCUUUACCACCACCGAGUAGUCCGUAAGGGGCUAGAAGGGAACAAGGCCCAAGUGGUCACACCGGACCGGGAGACCUUUGUCACAGAGCUGGCUAUUGGGGAGCCAUACGAUGAUUUGAAGCGGCUGCGCAAUGGCCGUCUUCCGACUGGCCCCCAAGAAGAACGUGCCAGUGAUGACGACACUGCCGAUGAGCGCCGGCGGAUGCUGGAAGCGAUGCCAGAGGUGGAAGAGAUCGGCUUUGAUGAUUUCCCGCUGAGUGGGCCACGUACCAUCUACCGGGACAUGAAGCAGCUGCGCAGACUUGGUUUUUGA